GGAUAAGGUUCAGAAAUUCUAGGUAUGCAUACGGUAUGCUUCAUUAAGUUGGCCUAGCUCUUUCGAAGUCCCAUCAUAGGUACGGCUACAUAGUGCAGGUACCUACCUAGUUUUUCGUCCAGGCGCUGCGGGGUCAGAGUGCUCAACUGAGAGCAACAAGCCUUAAAAUUGCAGCUACCACAGACUACUACCGGUACUUUCUACCUACAGACAGCAAGUCACAGAAGAGCAUAGGAGAUGAAAUGCGGGCAUCCAAGACUCUCCGUACCUACUCGAAGACGUCAUGCCUUCCCCACGCCUCCUUCAACUUCAAGCAAGGUCUGGACUCUGCCGUCGCAAAACCAGCGCCACAUUAUCGUUCUGCAGUGGCUGCAACCUGGGAUCAAGUUUGUUGUGAUGUUGAAACCCAAGGAGGAGUUAGAAUCAGACUUGUGUUUGCUGAUUUCGCAGCUGGUACGUGGUCAGCUCGCAGUCCCACCGCCUCCUCCUUCGUAACAACACGCAGACAACCUCUUUCCAGCUGCGUUCGUCCCUCUGCCCAAACCCGCAGCUACUGCACUUCCGCUCCUCAAAAGCGCGCAACCCUUCAGCCACGUCUGGGCGCAAGCCAGCUCAGCUAGUGACGCGUCACAAUGGGUGACAACGUCACCGCGAUCAUGGAGGAGCCAAUGGAAUUUCUCGACACCGGGAACAACGCAUGGCAGCUCACGAGCGCCACCUUCGUCGGGCUGCAAACCAUGGUCGGGCUCGUGAUGCUCUACGGGGGCAUCGUGAAGAAGAAGUGGGCGGUCAACUCCGCGUUCAUGGUCAUGUACUCGUACGCGUGCAUCCUGAUCGUGUGGGUGCUGUGCGGAUACCGUAUGAGCUUCGGGCAGUACAUGCUGCCGAUCCUGGGCAAGCCGGGGACCGCCCUCGGCGCGGGGUUCCUGACGGUGCAGGCGCAUUUGUACGAGGCGGAGCUGGAGUUGAGCUACGGGAUGUCGACGAUCGUCUACUUCCAGUUCGUCUUUGCGGCCAUCACGCCGGUCCUGAUCGCGGGGUCGCUGCUCGCGCGGAUGAACUUCAUUGCGUGGAUGAUCUUCGUGCCGCUGUGGCACGUGUUCUCCUACACGGUCGGGGCGUUUUCGAUGUGGGGCGGGGGUUGGGGUUUCCAAUGGGGCAUCCUGGACUUUGCGGGGGGUUACGUGAUCCACGUGUCGUCUGGGACUGCCGGCUAUGUUGCAGCAUACUGGCUCGGCCCGCGCCUGCUGCGCGACCGCGAGCGCUUCGUCCCCAACAACAUCAUCUUCACCCUCGCCGGCGCCGGCAUGCUCUGGCUCGGCUGGAAUGGAUUCAACGGCGGUGCGCCCUACGCCGCAAAUGUUGAUGCGGGUCUCGCUGUCUUGAACACCAACAUCGCGGCUGCCACCAGCAUGCUGGUGUGGACCCUCUGUGACACUCUCUACUUUGGCAAGCCGUCCUGCAUCGGUGCCGUUCAGGGGAUCAUCACGGGACUCGUCGUCAUCACACCUGGAGCAGGCUUCAUCCCGGGCUGGGCCUCGAUUGUGAACGGCAUUCUGUCCGGCUCCAUCCCGUGGUACUCCAUGAUGGUACUCCAGAAGAAGGUCAAGUUCCUGUACCACAUCGACGACACGCUCGGGAUUAUUCAUACCCACGCCCUCGCGGGCGUCAUGGGGGGCGUUCUCGCGGGCGUGUUCACCAUGCGCAAGCUGGCCGCCGAGUUCGAGACGCCGCUGCCGUCGUACGGGCUCAUCCAGGGGGGGAUCGGCCAGGUGGGCAAGCAGAUCGUGGGGGCGCUCUUCAUCAUCGGCUGGAACAUCAUCAUGACGUCACUCAUCAUGAACUUCAUCAAGAUCAUCUGCCGCGUGCCGCUGCGCAUGAGCGACGAGCAUCUGGAGAUCGGCGACGAGGCGGCGCACGGGGAGGACGCAUAUGCCCUCUGGGGCGAGGGCGACACUUAUGACGAGUCCGUGCACGGGUGGUACGGAUACGACAAGACCGUCCACGGCGACCAGAAGAUCGGGCCGCCCAGAAAGGGGAAGACGGAGGCUGAGUUGGCGAACGGAAGCGCGCAGUAAUGCGCGCGGAGGGAAACAGUGUGAGAAGGUCUUGGGGGGGUAAGAAACAGCCCGGAGUGAGGGGGGAGAGUACGUGCAAGGUUGGGUUGGCACAGAUGAGGAAAGGGGCAGUGAGUUUAUAAUACGUUGGGGGGUUAUGUGGCAAGAAAAGAAGGGAGGAGACUCUGCAUAAUCGAGCUCGUCUGACGACAAAUCGAGGUUUGUUUCGUAUGUAUACGGCGUCGGAAGCUGGGAAUCUGAUAAUAAGAGUAAGACGGCGAUAGAUUGGGCCGGUGCGAACAUACGCCGGGGGCAGGUAAAUCAAAGCAGUCUAUUGGGGUGUAAUCCGAAUUUCAAUAUAAGCACCCCAUAGUGGUGCUGGCAUAAGGUACUGACCGCCCUAAGACAGCGUUCUGUUGUAUAGCUACGUGAGAAAAUGCAGUCAGUUGUUGGUAAGAUUAUAGACACUAUUAGACGCUACUUUUCCAGUGAAAGACGGAAAGCAGUCUUUGCUAUCUUUCACGUACGGUUCUCAUCGGAGCGAGUAUGCUCUGUAUACGGGGGUCGUUAGGUUGUCAGCUUAUUCAUACGUAGUCUAAGUACAAGAUUCGCAGCAGCAAUCUUCCUACUAGUAGCCGUGGGACAGUUGAAAACUGCUUUUAUCAAGGGCCAUCGUCUGAUACUUUAUAUCAAUGUCAUGUGCACUGCCUUCUCAGCAGAAUGGAAACACGUGCGUAGCCCGUC